GUGAAAUGAUGCUUAAGAUCAACGGGGUGACCAGUGAGGACAUGUCCCUGGCUGACACGCAGCAGCUCAUCGAGCAGACAGAGGGGACCCUGACCCUGCUCAUCCUCCGGGACCACCGGCAGUUUCUGGUCAACAUCCCUGACAUAGACAGCCAGAGCAACAGCUCCCAGAUGGAUGAUAUCUCCGACAUCGACUCUGAACUGCCAUCCCCUGAGACCUCACCGCAACCUCCAGCUGCUGCCAGCAUGAGUUCACCACCGCGGAGGAGACAACUGAACAGGGACCCUGCAGCUGACACAAUCGUGGAUGAUGCUUGGGGCCCUGACCUGCUGGAAGCCGUGGAGGGGGAUGGCUGCCGUGGCCCCCAUGCCAGCCCCACUGCCCAAGCUGCCUGCAAGGACAGGCACAGCGCCGACUCCAGGGCCGUGCGCUUUGUGAAGGCCAAGAGUGUUGGGCUGCGGCUGGCCGGCGGGAAUGACGUGGGCAUCUUCGUGUCGAGUGUGCAGGAGGGGAGCCCAGCUGACAGCCAGGGUGUCCGGGAAGGAGACCAGAUCCUGCAGGUGAAUGAUACCAGUUUCCAGAACCUGACCCGUGAGGAGGCCGUGGAGCACCUCAUGAGCCUGCCACCGGGCGAGGACAUCAUGCUGCGGACCCAGAGCAAGCAGGACAUUUACAGGAAGAUGAUCUUGUCUAACGUGGGUGACUCAUUCUACAUCCGGACACACUUUGACUUUGAGAAAGACACACCGUCGGGGCUCAGCUUUGUCCGUGGGGAUGUCUUCCAUGUGCUGGACACCAUGUACCGGGGCAGGCUGGGGAGCUGGCUGGCUGUGCGCAUGGGCAGGGACCUGCAGGAGCAGGACAAGGGCAUCAUCCCCAACCGGAGCAGGGCUGAGCAGAUUGCCAGUCUGGAGUCUGUGCUGAAAGCCACAUCCAGUGCCAACCCCUCUGGAGCACGGGCUGAAUUUUGGAAGCUGCGGGGCCUGCGGGGAGCCAAGAAGAUACUGCGGAAGAGCCGGGAGGACCUGUCUGCCCUCACAAAGCAGGGCCGUUACCCACCAUAUGAGAGGGUGGUCCUGAAGGAAGCCAGCUUCAAGCGGCCGGUGGUGAUCCUAGGCCCCAUUGCAGACAUUGCCAUGCAGAAGCUGAGCACGGAGCUGCCCGAGCUGUUCGAGAUUGCCCCAAGUGUGCCCCGAGAUGGGGCAUUGUCCAAGGUCAUCAAGCUGGACUCAGUGCGGCAGAUCGCAGAAAAGGACAAGCAUGCCCUGUUGGACAUCACGCCCUCAGCUGUGGAGCGCCUCAACUAUGUGCAGUACUACCCUGUGGUGGUGUUCUGCGAGCCCGAGAGCCGGCAGGGCAUCAAGGCCAUGCGACAGUGGCUGGCACCCGACUCCAGGAAGAGCUCCCGGCGCCUCUAUGCCCAGGCCAGCAAGAUGAAGAAGUACUGCAGCCACCUCUUCACUGCCACCAUCAGCCUCAGCGGCAGCAGCAAUACCUGGUAUGAAGCAAUCAAGGGCAUCAUCAGGACACAGCAGAGCCAGCCCAUCUGGACGGCAGCGGAGCAGGCAGAUGUGGCACUGGAGGACAGCCUGGACCUCGACCAGCCUGGGCUGGCCCGCUCCUCUGAGCCAGCACAGAUGUCCCCAAGCCAUGGCCUGAACAAGCAGGUGGGUCCCCCCAUGCUGGUCCAAGGGGCUGCGGCAUCACCUGGCUUCUCAUCCCCCAGGGAAUAUGAGCACAACGCUGUGAGGAAGAGGUUCACGCGGGCCAGGGAUGACUCGGACCAGGACGAAGGCUACGAGUGGGGCCCAGUGACAGAUGUGUAG